UGAUGGUACCUUGAUCUACAAUCCACCCAGAGAUGACACGGAGCGUCAUCAACUUGAAGGCCCGGGAGGAGCUCGCCCAAGACGAACAUCUCCAAACCAUGCAGCCGCGACCAAGAAGAUCAACCCUAGAACAAGACAAGAGAUUGGAAAUAAGAAGAGACAAGCACCAGUGCCGAUUGAAGAAGAAGACGACAUCGAGAUUGUAUACGACAACAGGGACGACGACAUCUUAGAAGAAGAAGAUCCUAAGGAUCCCACGUACGUUCCCCAUUUCCAUCACUAA